GGUAUCUUCAUAUCUUGCACUUGAAAGGCGAGACGAUGCCGUAUAUGUAAUAAAGUAGACAGCCAGAUCGAACACUGUCGUAGUGAGACGGUUCGCUGAACAGGGUGAGAGUGGAGGAGAUAUUAGUCGGAAGGACAGUGAAAGCGGAGCGUUGAAGAAGGUGAAGAUAUGGCGCUUAGGCGAUGGAAGCAGCUCCUUUUAUUAAUAUCCUGUUUGGCAAUGGCGACGUGGCAUCUGUCGAACGCACAAGCCACUGAGGAGGCGACGUCUGCGCCCGUGGAUACUCGCAGUACCUCUCCAGCGCGUGCGCGUGCAACGUUCCCUUCGGACACCACUUCUGCUCCAUCUGAAGGCCCGGCGGUCUUAGCAUCUUCUGCGGCGGACCAGACAAAGAGGACACUUCCAAGUGAGCCAUCGGUGCCAGCAUUGCAGUCCCGGACGUCGCCAGCGGCGUCAAGCACGGCGGCGGCGGAGCUUUCCAUGCCAGCAGCCUCGCAGGAGGCCCCUCCGCCGGUGUCGGCCUCUCUGUCGGCGGCUGCCCCUUCUUCGGAGUCUCCGGACUGGUCAAUGUCUGUGCCAUCGCCGAGUCCCGGCAGUCUCGAGGGUCUGCCUGCUAUCUGCCUCAUGUCCGAUCUCCCGGAGUUCCGAUGCAUGAUGCCGCUGGGCCCUCCGUACACGUUUUUGUACUUCUCCCCUCCGUCUGACACGUGGUUGCACAUGGGGUUCCACACGAUCUCGUCCGGGUGGGUCGCCUUGGGCUGGUCCGCGGACGGGGAGAUGCCCGGCUCGGAGGCGGCAGUCGCUGGUCUGAACAAGACCGCCACGGUCGCGCCUUACGCACUUACAGGGAGGACCUUGCAGUCAGUACUGCCGGCAAGUGAUAACUCGUUCACACUGUUGACCGAGGGGACGGCUUACCGGCGCGGGAGAGUGGUGGAUGGCCCCGAGUCGUCUGAGAGGGCGCUUCUUCUAUGCAACAGGAGCCUGAGCGGUGGGAAAGUGCCCCUGGGCUCCUCGUUCUUCGCCAUUUGGGCUUAUCAGGCCGAGGGUUUGAACGCGCUCUCUUACCACGGUCAUGAAGCCAGAGGCUCUGUCGUAAUGAACAUGUCGGCUAUAAAUUUUGAGAAUCCCGGUCCGCUUCCUGAGGGGGCGUCUCUGAUUUUCACCGAGUUAUCGUCUAGAGAUGCCUCCGUUGCUGCCUCUGUCAGUCCUCCAUCGAGCUCACAUUCGAGAGGCUGGAGAGUAACGUCGCCGGGCCCCGUUCGAUUGACUGCCGCAUUAUGCGUUGCCUUGUUGGCGGCGAGCCUGAUGGCCAUGCCGAGUUUCACGGGCAUUUUCCUUUCAGUGUAGGACUCUUGAUCUCGUUCGACCCCUUCUCUAUCUCAUUCUAAUCACUGGCAGGUUCGAGAUAUACCAGUUCAAUACCCCGGUUAUACUGAUUUGCUGUGUCAAUCCCGUGAGGUCAUAUGAAUGCGGUUUAUUUUGUAAUGGUCUUGGACUCAGAUUAACCAGGUUUUAACUCAGUUGACCGAGCUACGCUUCGUGUAUUUGACUUUGACUCAGAUUAACCAGGUUUUAACUCAGUUGACUGAGCUACGCUUCGUGCAAAUGACUUUGACUCAGAUUAACCAGGUUUUAAUUCAGUUGACUGGGCUACGCUUCGUGAGGCAUGGAAGAAAAUGACGAGAUGUGGUUCCAGCUUACCCGUGAAGUGGCGUGGUGGGCAUGUCAGCUGAGCUUUUUCUGUGACUUCGUUUAUUGAAUAUUGUCUUUUAAGCUCGAUGAUUGAGGUUAUCGAUUAUAUAAAUGCCUUAUUUUAGCUUGAUGAUGAUUGAGGCUUCGUUGCCUUGAUCGAUUAGAAAGUUAGGAGGAAUCCUGAGCGCUUACUGCUCGUUUGUACUUACCGUGAUAUGAGUGGAAACUGGUCUCCGACUCUCCGUUCUCGCCGACCCACGAUUUGUCGGUUGACGAUUGAGUCGAAACAAAUUUCUAUGGUAGCGGUUCGUCAUAUGAGUGCUUUCUUUCUGUCUGAUUGUGUCACUUCGUUUAUUUACAUUAUUGUGUUCACUUCGUUUAUUUACAUAGAAUUUUGCAUGCUUAAUGAGUGUUUGUGGUUUUGUCUAGGAGAAUCGAGCCCAGUAUGUGAUAAUUUCGGCUAAGUGCAGAUUUCGAGCCUAAUAUGUGAUAAUGGCUAAGUGCAGGUUUUUCAUUACAUUGUCUCUGAACCUUCGAGGGACCUGGAAGUCAACCCAUGAGUUUGACGGCUUCUCUCCUCCUCGGGGAGUUUAGAGGCGAGAAUGGUCAGUUAUGUUGCGAAAAUGAGCUUCAAUUAAAUUAAUCCAUGGCUUGGAGCGAACCCAUGAGUUUGACGGCUUCUCUCCUCGCCGGGAUGUUGGAGGUGGAGAAUGGCCAGCACCAGGUUUAUACUUAUGGGACGUGAAUCCGUGGCCUAUCAGAACCCAUGAGUUUGACGGCUUCUCUCCUCGCCGGGAUGUUGGAGGUGGAGAAUGGCCAGCACCAGGUUUAUACUUAUGGGACGUGAAUCCGUGGCCUAACAAUGCUAUCGUCGCUGUCGGGCGAAUUAUAGGCUUCUGAUUUAGAGCUGGUAUGGCAGCGAACAUGGACGUGGCGAUGGUUUCGUAAUAUGUGAGGUGGCAUUUCUAUUGUGAAUGCCUGAUCUGGUUGAUUGCCGGUGGAGUAGGGAAGGACGAAAUGGGAGAUGCGCGGUUUUUCGAACAGAAAGCACCUGGAGAUGAGAUAGAGGAGGGGCGAGGACACUGAGGUUGGGUGAGGAUGCGCGGUUUUUCGAACAGAGUACCUGGAGAUGAGAUAGAGGAGGGGCGAGGACACUGAGGUUGGGUGAGGAGGGACGAGCACUGCCGCUGCUUUUGAUGGAUGUUCCCAGCAGCAGGAACUCAUGGGAAGUUAAGGCGUUGAGGGUCGAGGGAAGUCUGAGGAUGAGCAGAUUUGACGGAGCGAAUAAUACACUCGAUGAGUGAGGCGGAGGCGGUUGACGUCUGCGGACAGCAGCCGCCAUCCGCUGUGAUUCCGUGAUUAUGACAUAUUUGUUUGUAGUGAAUGGCUCGUGCUUAUGGUUGUUGUGAGUAUGUCAAAGGCAGUUUUCUGGUUAAAGGACUAUAAGAAAAAGGAAGGGCUGAGGUCGAGAAGACCGGUAAGUGUAUCGUUGUGGGGAGGACGUACCAGGACGGGGGAUGUGGAGAAUAUUCUUAGGGCAUGCUCACACACGCGUAGCAAAAGUAAGAUUUGCCGCUUUUGCUGCGUCCGGUUUGCCAUUUGAUGUGUUGCAGACUCGCACAUGGGCAGCAAAUUUGAAA